UAUAUAUAUAUAUGAUUCCUUGCUAGGGUUAGAGCCUUGAAGGUUUAAGCUCGGCUGCUGUGGUUUCUUCCUGUUUUCUCCGCCGGUCUAUUUGAACCCUCCUUCCACUGAAAAGAACCGCUCAGCCAACAUGGGGAAGACACGUGGUAUGGGAGCCGGACGCAAGCUGAGGACCCACCGUAGGAGGCAGAGGUGGGCUGAUAAGGCAUACAAAAAAUCCAACCUUGGAAAUGAAUGGAAGAAGCCAUUUGCUGGCUCUUCCCAUGCCAAAGGCAUUGUCCUUGAGAAGAUUGGUAUCGAAGCUAAGCAGCCGAACUCUGCUAUCCGAAAGUGUGCCAGAGUUCAACUGAUCAAGAAUGGAAAAAAGAUUGCCGCAUUCGUUCCAAACGACGGUUGCUUAAACUACAUCGAAGAGAAUGAUGAGGUGUUGAUUGCUGGAUUCGGACGAAAGGGCCAUGCUGUUGGUGAUAUCCCUGGUGUUCGUUUCAAGGUUGUGAAGGUCUCCGGUGUUUCGCUCUUGGCGCUCUUCAAAGAGAAGAAAGAGAAGCCUAGAUCUUAAGAUGGGUACGGGGAGGACCUAAUUACGAAGGAUUGGCAUUUUUACUAGCAAUGUUUAAUAGCCUGGUUUGAAUUUUUGCUUUAAUGUUGUUCCAAACUUACAAUGUUUCCUCAAGCAUUUGCAUUUUGGUAUUCGAAUGA